GGUACUACAUAUCCAUCAAGGAUGAUGAUCCGCUCUCCGUCUAGCACUGUCUAUUAUGGUGUAGAGUCGACACCUACGCCGAACUUAUCCUAUGUUUCAUCAAGCUGUGCAUCAAUAUGUAAUCCCUCCGCCAGUAAUACCGUCCUGACCGCCUUUCUGUCUUCCGUUCUCACAGUGCUACUCUUCGCAAUUCUCAAGUGGCUCCGGGGGGUAAGCUAGUAGUUACUUUGUAGCGAGGAUGUGCUUAUCAAGGCCUCUAUUAGUAUCUAAGAAGAAAAUUCAAACGAGCGAACAAUGAUUCGGGCAGAUGCGGCGGAAAAAUGGCUUCUCCGCAUAUGAUAUCGUCUCCUGCGAAUUCCG